GUUCUAAACCUAACUUGGAUCGAGAAUACGUAACCAUUUAGCUAAAAAUGGUAUUUUUUACAUGCAAUGCAUGUGGCGAAUCUGUGAAGAAAGUGCAAGUGGAAAAGCACGUGGCCGUUUGCAGAAACUGUGAGUGCCUGUCUUGUAUUGACUGCGGUAAAGAUUUCUGGGGUGACGACUACAAAAACCACGUGAAGUGCAUCAGUGAAGAACAGAAGUAUGGUGGCAAAGGUUAUGAAGGUAAAACCCACAAAGGCGAUAUUAAGCAGCAGGCAUGGAUCCAGAAAAUUAAUGAAUUAAUAAAAAGACCCAACGUGAGCCCCAAAGUGAGGGAACUUUUAGAGCAAAUUAGUGGUUUUGACAACGUUCCCAGGAAAAAGGCGAAAUUUCAGAACUGGAUGAAGAACAGUUUAAAAGUUCAUAAUGAGUCCAUUCUGGAGCAGGUGUGGAGUAUCUUUUCUGAAGCUUCUGGCAACGAACCGGUCAGUAAGGGGCAGGACCGACAGCCACUCAAGCAAGGGGCCAACCCGCCCGGCGCAGAACUUUCCACGAAGGUUCCAGCCUCCCAGACAAAUGACACCCCGGAAAAGCAAGCAGAGGUGAAGAAGAAUAAAAGAGAAAGGAAGGAAGAAAGGCAGAAGAAUAGAAAAAAAGAGAAGAAAGAACUAAAAUUAGAAGGCCACCAGGAGAAUUCAAGGGGUCAGAAGCCUAAGAAGCACAAAACAGGGCAAGAGCGAGAGGCCGAUCAGGAGGCUGGAGGGGAGGCCCUGGGCUCUGCAGGGAAGAAGAGCCAGAGCGAGGGGGGCAAGGCCAAGGGGGCGGUGGACGGAGCCAGAGACGCCAAGGAGGAGCCGACGAAGCCGCCACCCGGGAAGAGAAAGAAGCACGCGGACGAUGAAGCAGAUACCAAGAAGAAAAAGAGGAAGCUCUCAGGACAUUCUGAGGGUGGAGAACCGGAAAACCAUGGGGCUCCUGCAAAAGGUAAAUUCAACUGGAAGGGAACUAUUAAAGCAGUUCUGAAACAGGCCCCGGACAACGAAGUAGCAAUCAAAAAGCUAAGGAAAAAGGUUUUAGCUCAGUAUUACGCGGUGACAGAGGAACACCACAGAUCGGAAGAGGAGCUCCUGACCAUCUUUAACAAGAAGAUCAGCAAGAACCCCACCUUCAAGUUAGUAAAGGACAAAGUCAAGCUUUUGAAAUGAACAUUUUUCUACUUAAAAAUCGAAUCCAUUCUGUUGAUUUUUUUUCACUGCUGUUUCUAAAACAUGUAAUGAGUUACAACAACUCCAACAUUGCUUUUUCAAAGCUGUAUUUUUAAGUUACAGAAAAAGUCUAUUUUUGGUAGAACUUCUAUGAGAAAAUAAAAUAUAUUCUUAUCCAAAAUUCAAAA